AUGGACAUUCCAGUAACAGCUGACUAUCUGAUUAUCGGCGGAGGAACUGCCGGCUUGGUAGUUGCCUGUCGCCUCUCAGAAGACCCAAACACUCAUAUUGUCGUUGUGGAGAGUGGGCCUGACGCCUCUGGUGACCAUAGAGUUCAAAAUCCGAGUUCUUGGCCAUCUUUGAGUGGAUCGGAGCUUGACUGGAAGUUCAAGAUAGGCCCUCAGUCGGGUCUCAACGGCCGAGAACAGGAUCACCCAGCAGGCAAAGUCUUGGGUGGUUCAUCUGCUAUCAAUGGACUGGCGUAUGUCCCUCCAUCACCGGCGGGCAUUGAUGCAUGGACAAAGUUGGGAAAUCCAAACUGGAACUGGGAGACGUUACGACCAUAUCUACAAAAGUCUUAUACUUUGACCAAGCCGGAAUCGGGCUUGGCGUCGAGUCAAGGUAGCAAAAGGGAUUCCCAGGAAGCGAUCCAAGUGAGUUAUCCCGGUGCUGCGGAUAAACAAGGUAUUCCACUCAGUCAAGCGUGGGCGGAAGCGUUUCAGAGCGAAGGCUAUAAGCCUACCGAUGAACUUCUCGCUGAAGGAAAGACAAUCGGCACUCGGAAUUAUACAGCCACAAUUGAUCCAGUAUCUGGUUUUCGGAGUAGUGCGGACAGCACUUAUGGGGUCAUAGCAUCUAAGCGGCCUAACGUUACUAUAAUCACAGAAACAACAGUCCGGCGGAUUAUCUUUUCAUACGAUACGGGAAACACUAGGGCCACGGGCCUGGAGGCUUUCCACGAUGGAGAGGUUAUCACCAUCCAGACAAAGCAAGAGAUUAUCCUGGCAGCUGGUGCUCUCCAGACACCAAAGAUGCUCGAGCUGUCAGGUAUUGGCAACAAAGAUCGAUUGGCUCGUCUCGGGAUUCCGUUGGUCAUUCAUCAACCGGGAGUUGGCGAGAACCUGCAGAACCAUGUUAUGAGUCUAAUACCUGUUUCUCUCAAGCCGCACGAGGGCAUAGCAGGAAUCUCUCCUGGCUUUAAGGGUCUUGCGUUUGCAUGCAUCAAUCAAGAAGAACAGACAAAGCUGUUUGCUGCUCUUGGCAACCGGAGCAGUCCUUCAAAUCGAGUCGUUGAGUCCAUUUUGAACAACCCCAACGAGGCUUCGGCUAUGCUCUUCCUUGUUGUGAGAUCAGAAUCAACUGCGCUGUUGGGUACCAUUCCAAGCUUUCCCCUCUCGCGAGGCAGUGUCCAUAUCACAUCAUCUGAUCCCAAUGAUAUGCCGGUCAUUGACGCACGUUUUUUCGACAACGAAUUGGAUCUGGAGAUUCUCGCGCGGCAUGUACAACAUUUGAACCAGCUGAGCUCUGCACCGGCCCUAGAGCCGUUCUUCCAAACUAGCGCAGAGGUUCCAGAUCUCGCAGAGAUCAAGGUCAUGCUCCGUGAAAAAGCAGCCUUGACUACUCACCAUGUGUGUGGUACUGCUGCAAUGCUCCCUCGUGAGGUUGGAGGAGUGGUCGGUCAGGACUUGAAGGUGUAUGGGACUGAGAACCUGCGUAUUGUUGACGCGAGUGUUUUCCCACUCAUUCCCCAUGCCAACCCGAUUGCAACAGUGUAUGCGGUGGCGGAACGGGCAGCUGAUAUCAUUCGCGGGAAGUAA